UAGGGUCUCGUCGGGAUAGGCGACAGGUUUACCACGGCCAACUAAAAUUAAAUAAAUUUUGUUAUUUUCAAUAAGAAAAUUAAUAACAUAAAUCACUGUAAAAAUGUCGAAAGCAUACAAGGCCGUAGUUUUAUUGGCAGACAGAUUCGUACCUCAAACAUUACGUCCACUAUGGGAACAUGAAGCAGGUCCAAAAACAAUAUUUUUCUGGGCUCCAGCCUUUAAAUGGGGUUUGGUGUUGGCCGGUUUGGGAGACUUACAGCGCCCUGUCGAGACCCUAUCCAUUCCACAAUCAGCAUCGCUAGCCGCCACUGGGAUCAUAUGGUCACGUUACUCGCUCGUCAUCAUACCGAAAAACUAUAGUCUAUUCGCGGUUAACGUGUUUGUAGCUAUGACAAGUCUAUACCAAAUUGGUAGAGCGUAUAAAUAUGAACAAGCUAAGAAAGCGGGCAAAUGAUUUUUCAUACGAUUAACAGGGAUUUCAUUCACGUUUGAUGUAGGACUAUUCAUAGGUCAAUUGAUAACAUUUGUACUUGUUUUUAACUUUAACACACCUAAAUUAUAUAAAACUUAGAAACAGUUGUUUCCACAAUAGAUUCUACAAUAGGUACAUGUUUUUUAAAAAAUCAUUGUAUGCUAAAUUAAGGACAAGUUAAAAUCACUCCAUUGAAAUGUUAAAUAGUUCUAUAUCAAACAUUCAUUGUACAAAUUAUUAGUAGGGGUCAAUCUCAGAUAGGUAAUUUAUUUUUGAAUAAGCUCAAAGGGUUAACGUAGUUGCAUUUCAUCAUAAGGUAUUAAGUAUAUAAAUGUAUAGAGCUCUCAUGUGCAGAAUAGUAUAAGAUAACGGUGCUCGAAAAUGUAUUUUAAAUCUUCGACAAUCUGUGAUAGAUAUCAAUACGUAAUAACUAUAUAUAGAGCAUUAUUUAAGUAACUA